ACAGUAUCAACGUCACCACGCUCCACUGCUCUGCGUCUCCAUGGAGAUCAUCGCGGCAUUUCUCACCUGCAUUUACCUACCACAGAGGAGAAAACACCUGGGGCAUUUGAACAUGGCCGAGACAGCAGAGAAACAGCAGUCUCUCCUUACAACAAAUAUCUCUCUUGGACACAAGAUCGCCCCGGGUGAGAAUAUUCCUACUUAUAAGAGGGAUUACACAGCGUUUAGCAUCAGGAAAACCGAUCCAGUGCGUGUACCUGCUCCCGCCCCGGUGACACACGGAGACGCCAGGUUUAUCCGAGAGCAGACGACUGAAUCGAUGGCCUCGUAUACUCCUCACCCGCUGAACCGGAGACCCCCAAUCUCACGCUGGACCAAGCUCGGCACCAGUUUUAAGAUGCCGACGAGCUCCGAAGAGGACGCCUUUGUGACCGCUCAGAGCGCGUACGGACCACACGGAGCGGUGCAGGUGGAGCGGGCGCGGAGGGACCGAGGAGGGGCGUUUCUGCGGAGGUUAGGGGCAGGACAGAGGCUUCCCCGGUCAACGCAUCAGGAGUCGUACACUGCACCAGACGGCUCCAGUGUGAACAGACGCACGGCUUUAGGGCCCGAUCGUACCGUCCCUGCUCUAAAAGGAGACGGACAACGCCGCAGUUAUGAAACCCACCACCAGGCGACGUUUGACCCGAAGCCGCUGAUCGACGCUGCGCCUGUCGCCAAGAAUCUGCACUUGUCUAAUGUUUCUCUGGGAGACAAAGACGAGGUUAAAGAGCGACAGACCACUCACUCAGCCUCAUUCGAGCGACCCAAAGCGCAGAGUCCCCCUGUGCUGAAACAGCGCCCCCUUCAGCUCCGCCUGGGUCACACGUCCUCGCCGCUCUGGUCCACCACCUCCAGCGACACCUACAGGCCACUCUGCGCAGAUCCUGUGGUCCAUGUGACGAAGAACAAAAACUUCAGCUCUUUGCUGAAAGAAGACAGGGACCCAGACAGAGAUGGAGAGAGACUGUCCUACACCAUCACCAGCUCCUCCUACACCAAAGUAAAAACGGCGACGCGUCCAGAGCCCGAGCCCGCUUUGAUGACCAAAAGUAACGUCCACUUCGGCCCGGCCAACCUGCAGAGCUCGUACUACAGCACCACCGCCUCCGAGGAGUACGGAGCGAAGGACGGGGGCGGGGCACGUCCUAGACCCGCCCCCUACCCGCCCGCUAACAUCCUGACUGGACCAGAUCACGGUCCAGCUCUGACCACAGCUCAGGACGACUUUGUCUCUUUACCUCUGACCAGAGCAGAGCCGUCUUCACAGUCACAGCAAACGACCCACAUCAGGCUCCCGGUGGAGGCUGCGCUCUACAGCACCACCCACAGGGAGACCUACACCCCCAAACACACCCAACCACCCAGACCCUCAGAGAACCAGCUCAGCAGCCACGUCCUCCUGCACUGAGACCUCCACCUGUGGACCUCCACCUGUGGACCUCCACCUGUGGACCUCCACCUGUGGACCUCCACCUGUGGACCUCCACCUGUGGACCUCCAACCAGAGCCAGAGAGGAGGAGGAGAAGAGAGAGGAGAGGAGGAAAAGAGACCCUCCUAGAACCAGUUCACCAGCCACAUCCUCGUGCACUGAGACCUCCACCCAGCUCCACCUGAGGCCCUCCAACCAGACCCGGAGAGGAGGAGGAGAAGAGGGAGAAGAGGAAGAAGAGAGAGGAGAGGGGACGAGGGAGGAGGAGAAGAGGAGGGAGGGGAGAACAGAUGAGAGAGCAGAGAACAGAGGAGAGGACAGGAGAGAGGAGGUAAGGGAGGAGAGAGGAGAGGAGAGGAAGGAGAGAUAAGAGGAGGGAGGAGAGACGAGGCUCCAGUAAAGUACAUGAUUCAACAUCACUUUGUAUUUAUUUUAACGAGACUCAUUAUCCUCAAAUAUAAAUAACGUUUCCUUUUCCUCAGAUUAACAGAGUCGAGUCGAUUCUGCAGAAAUCCACCAUGUUUUUCAUCCUCCUGUGAUAUUUUUUCCGUGCCUGUCCCUGAUUGGCUAAUCCACCUGUCAAUCACAGCCAUUUGAAAAGCACACUCAUCUUUAUAAAGUAUUAAAGAAGUGUUUUGUUUUUA